GCAACGCUGCCAGCGAUGAGCCAAGAGCGGGGCCUGACUCCGGCGGCACCGUCUCCAGAGCAGCGCUGCCCUGGGGCGGGGGCGGACAGACGGGCCCUUCACAGCGCCGCAGCAUGCGCUCCGAGCCCAGUGUCAGCUCUGCGCUGCGGACGGAACGAUGAUAACAGGUCAGCAAAUAGCUCCCUUCGUGCAGGGAUUGCUGACAUUGGUUUUGGAGAGCUCAUGCAGGAUGUGCUGUGGUGCUUUAGUCAAGUGAAAGGAACUGCAGAUACUGGCGUGACGGAAGCUGACAUCAUUUCUACAGUAGAAUUCAACCACACUGGAGAAUUACUAGCAACAGGGGACAAGGGGGGCCGUGUUGUGAUAUUUCAACGUGAGCAGGAGAGCAAAAACCAGCCCCAUCGCAGGGGAGAGUACAAUGUCUACAGCACCUUCCAGAGCCACGAGCCGGAGUUCGAUUACCUGAAGAGCCUGGAGAUCGAGGAGAAGAUCAACAAGAUCCGAUGGCUCCCGCAGCAGAACGCAGCCUAUUUCCUGCUCUCCACCAACGAUAAGACUGUGAAGCUGUGGAAGGUCAGCGAGCGGGACAAGCGACCCGAGGGAUACAACCUCAAGGAUGAGGACGGCCGUCUCCGAGACCCCUCCAUGAUCACCGUGCUACGGGUCCCCGUGCUGCGGCCCAUGGACCUGAUGGUGGAGGCCACCCCCAGGAGGGUGUUUGCCAAUGCGCACACCUACCACAUCAACUCCAUCUCCGUCAACAGCGACUACGAGACCUACAUGUCAGCGGAUGACCUGAGGAUAAACCUGUGGAACUUCGAAAUCACGAAUCAAAGUUUCAACAUCGUGGACAUCAAACCGGCUAACAUGGAGGAGCUGACAGAGGUGAUCACGGCCGCCGAGUUCCACCCGCACCACUGCAACACCUUCGUCUACAGCAGCAGCAAAGGCACCAUCCGGCUGUGCGACAUGCGCACCGCCGCGCUCUGCGACCGCCACGCCAAGUUUUUCGAAGAGCCCGAAGACCCGAGUAACCGGUCAUUUUUUUCUGAGAUCAUCUCCUCAAUCUCCGAUGUCAAAUUCAGCCACAGCGGCAGGUACAUCAUGACCCGGGACUACCUCACCGUCAAGGUGUGGGACCUGAACAUGGAGAACCAGCCCAUCGAGACCUACCAGGUUCACGACUACCUGCGGAGCAAGCUCUGCUCGCUCUAUGAGAACGACUGCAUCUUCGACAAGUUCGAGUGCGUCUGGAACGGCUCCGACAGCGUCAUCAUGACCGGCUCCUACAACAACUUCUUCCGCAUGUUCGACCGCAACACCAAGCGCGACGUGACGCUGGAGGCCUCGCGGGAGAACAGCAAACCCCGCGCCAUCCUCAAGCCCCGCAAGGUCUGCGUGGGCGGCAAGCGGAGGAAAGACGAAAUCAGUGUGGACAGUCUGGACUUUAGCAAAAAGAUCCUGCAUACAGCUUGGCACCCCUCCGAGAAUAUCAUUGCCGUGGCAGCGACAAAUAACCUGUACAUAUUCCAGGACAAGGUGAACUAGAAGGACGAGUCAUGCUCUAGGAAUCCCAUGUACUGACACUAGUAAACACACCAUUUCAAAUGUUUCUUUUCUUUCUUUCUUCCGUUUUCCUUUUCCCCUGUCCUGUGUUCAGCUGUUCUUGCCGACAGACAGCGCUCCCCAGACACCUUUCUCUGUAUUUACUCUGAGCGCGGGCGGGGGUGUUGGCGCCGCUGUCCCCGGUGGCACAGGGACAGCACGGGGACAGCACGGGGAUGGCACAGGGAUGGCACGGGGACAGCACGGGGAUGGCACAGGGAUGGCACGGGGGCGGUGCCGCUGAGCGCGGGCCGGGGGGGGACACCUGUCCCUGGGGGUUUGUCCCAACCAUCCCACUCUGAUUGUUUCAAACUCGCGCCAGCCGUUACGUGUCAGGAUCAGAACAGCACCCCUUAGCCACUUCUCACAUCUGUCUUUCUGUCGUCGUUGUGUCUUUACCAGCAGAGACAGCGAAACCAAACGCGAAAGGGAAAAGUUGAGAGGCGCAGGGGACAAGCGCUGGGGGACCUGCUGCUGCCCCCAGCCCAGCCCCGGGAUCUGGUGUUGUAGAUACUGUGGUGCCUUCUUUGGUAUACAAAAUACCUUUAUAAAUGAUGCUUCCAAACUGCAUUGAUUGCAAACCAAAUUGAACCGGGGCUUUCUUCUGCAUUCCUUGUCUUUUGCUUUCAUUAUUUUCGCUUGUUCUGUUGUGAGCUCUUGCAUUUUGUGACACUCUCUUUCUUUUUAAAAUUUAUUUAUUUAUUUAUUCAUUUUUUAAAGAUGAACAAUAAGUUGCUAAUUUAUGACCUUCUAAAGAAGAACCCAACCGUAUAUUGCUGUUAGCACCUGACUGCUUCCGAGAGAAGCCGCCCGUGCUCCGUGUUAUAACAAUAACAGCGAUGAUAAUAAAACCAGUAACUCCUCCUCUUUGCAUGGCGAGGCUGCCCCUUUCGGCUCUAAAGAUUGUUCAGGUCCCUCUUUUACUUGAGCAACCGUUCAAUAAAAAAAGGAAAAAGAA